GCGGGCCGGCGCCGCCGCAGACCCGGAGCGGAGGAUGUCCCAGGAGGGCUCGGCGGAGCGCGCGGUAUUGGAUGAAGAAUUCCAAUUUCUCCUGUGUGAGCGAUGCCGGGAGGACAUCCACAGCCCGAAGCUGCUCCCAUGCCUUCACAGUCUCUGCACCACCUGCCUGGAAGAGAACAAACCCAUUGGCCUGUGCCCCAUAUGUGGGACGGCUCACACUCAGAACGCAGACGCUCCCCAGAUCCAGAAGAAUCUGCUCUUUGCGAAUCUUCAGGCCAAGCUCAAUAUAUACCGGAAGGUGGUUGGCGGGAAGCGCAUCAUUUGCGACAACUGCAAGAAAGACGGGGAGUUCUGGUGCUCGGAGUGCGAGGAGUUCAUUUGCCGCACGUGCUUUGAGUCCCAUCAGAGGUACCUGAAGCGGGAGAACCAUGAAGCCAAAUCGCUGAAGGACCUGCAGAUGGAGUCCAGCAGGGACUUCCUCGCAAGCAUCCGGAAGCAGAGCACCAUGUUGUGCUCCAGGAAGGACCACAGAACCCACAGUCUGAGCAUCUACUGCAACGAGUGCCAGCAGUCCAUGUGCUGCAUUUGUGCGCUGCUGGACAGCAGACACACGGGGCGGCACUGCGACAUCCGCGCGGAAAUCCAGCGCCGGCAGGAGGAGCUGCAGAACAUGAGCGUGGAGCUGCGGAGCAAGAAGGGCCUGUACGAUGCGGCGUACAACGGCCUGCUGGAGCAGCUGGGGGACAUGGAGAGGGCACGCAACGAGGCGCGGGAGCGGAUCCAGCGGCAGAUCGAGGAAACGAUGCGGGUGCUGCGCGAAAAGGAGGAGCGGUGUCUCGCCGUGGUGGAAGACCACCACCAGCAACAGGUCCAGGAGGUGACGGCGCAGCUGCGGGACAUAGAGGGGGUGGUGAAGAGGAUGGAGGCCAGCGAGCAGCUGGUGGAGAAGAUGCAGCUGUACUCCACCGACCAGGAGCUGCUGGAGAUGCACCCCUUCAUCAAGCGGUCCCUGGAGGAGCUCGGGACGAAGCCAGUGCCGGCGGUGCGCUUCCAGACCCAAGUGGGGAAGUUUACGGAGAUCCACGCCCAGCUCCAGGCUCAGCUUGAGCAAGCGGUGAAGGACGACGAAGCUGCUCCAGUGACACCCGAAACGCAACCCGAGCAGGCUGAUGGACCGCCGAACAACUGCAGCGGCAGCGGCCGUGACACCCCGAGCUGCAGCUCAGCCGACGUCCCGAACACUUCGCAUGCCUCCGGCCCCAUUUUGAAAUCGCCAGCAAAGAGGAAACACAUUCAAGAGGAAAGAGCUGUUCAGACCCCUCUAAAGGUGAUUAAAGCGGAGCCUGAGGACAGAGAAUGGGGAGACGCAGGCAACCUCGGUUUGCCUGAACAGCCGGGCACCAGUUCUGAAUCUCUCAGAGAAGCUGUGUCUUCGGGAGACUUUUUCUCAGAUGAGGAAAUCAGUGAUGAUGAAUUUGCGGACAUCAAUCUGCCCGAGGACGUUGGCAGCGGAACCCACAGCAGCUGUGAAGAAUUUGUGGGGCAGCCCUUCGGCAAAGAGGCAGAGGUCAAUGCAGCCCAAGGGACCGUGAUAUUCUUUGACCUGAAGUUGCUGCCCAGGGACGUCCUUCACCUGGUCGUUGCCGCGGACGAAACACACAGCUUCUCCGUCAUGAUCCAGCCGCUGCUGGCUUCUCCCGCCAACCACAUGAAAAGCAGCCUCUGCGAGAUUGGGCUGGACUCGCUCCUCAGUUACCUCGAGACCCUCCACAGGCCCAUUCUGGUGGGCUACAAAAUCUGGUCCAUGAAGCUGCCGGUCCUGGUGGAGACCCUGCGGAACAUCGACAAGGAGGAGAGAUUCAAAGCCGCCAUCCUGGGCUUCCUCGACGCCUUGCCCCUCCUCCAGGAGGCCAUCCCAGACCUCACCAACUACACACUCAAGUACCUGGACAGCAUCUACCUCUGGGGACAGCUGGAUGAGAGCCAAGCUUUCGAGUGCGCCAAGACCCUGAAGGACCUGUGCACGGUCCUGGAUAUUAACCCGACGAUGAUGGCGUGGGGGCCCGUGGUCUCCUACUCCAGUGUGCAGUGUUACUGCUCGCUGCAGCCCCUGCUCGGUGAGAAGCUCCUCAGCAGAAGCUCUGUCCAGACCCUGGCCCUGCACAACUGCAGCCUCUCCGUGCUCCAGUCCGUGCACCAGAACGACCCAGCGAAGGGGCUGGAGAAGUUGUCCAGGCACCUGAACGCCCGGCGGAGAAAGGGCGAGAAAAAGAUCAGGAGGCUGCAGAAGAUUGGCUUCUUUUUCCAGGCACUCCCCGCUGGGGCUUGGCACACCGCUUCUGCAGCAGCGCAGAGCGUCAUGAUUCCCUGAGCGAGCAGUCCGGGCGCCCUGAGUGGCGGACACGCCGGUGGUGCGGCCGCCAUGUCGGGGCGUGCCUGGCCCAGGAGUAGCAACCCCAGGCAGAGCCCGAAACUUCCAGCCACUGAGUUGAACCGUAUCCUCAAAGGCAUUUGAGCUGUGCUCUUCUCCACCUGGAGCAGAGUUUUUGCAAACGACCGGGUCUUACUGGCCCAUGCACCACAAACCCACACCAGAGGACCUCGUGCUACAGCAGGGGGCAAUCUGCAGGGGCAGAGGGGGCGGGCAGGCGAUGCUCACAGCCCUGCCAGUCAGAAAGCGCUUGAACGAUGCCCCUGCGAGGCAGGCCCCACGGUCCCGUUGGCAUCCCCUCUGGUGCACGGCGGGGCUUUGGAGUGCGAGGUUCACAGGCGUGGGCAGCACAUCUGGCAGCUCCAUGCGUUUCCUAAGCACAUCUGGAGAAGAGAGGGCUGGGCCCCAUUCCCUCCUGAGCGCGCUUCCCAGCUCUGAAAACGAGGCUGUUCAUUUUGAGUUGCCCCUGGAAGUACCAAGUCUCCGUUCCACAAGCCUUUUGUGGAAGGGGAUCCACAGGGCUGGCGGUACUCGGAGGCAGUUCCCUCGCACUUUAUGGGCCGCAUUAUUAAAUGCUUUGUGUCGUCGUGUUAUGAGCCCGCUUUCGGUGGCCCUGGAGGGAAGGGGCACGUUCCGGCUGUCCCCGGGUCGCAAAAGAGUUCCACUCCCAAGAAACCAGAAAUUCGUCUUUAGGCGAAAUGUGCAUGCAGGUGGGAUCAUGUAUAGGCAGGCAGCCUUCCUUCCACAUUUGUGGGGGGUUGAGGGUGCAGGACCCCCGCGAGAGGGUCCCGGGCAAGAGUCCGAGGCCUGUGCUGGCACCCGCUCACUGCCACGCCAGAGGGUCAGCGCUGCCUGAGCUCUGCCACUGGACGUGCGCCCCCUCCUAUUUCGUGGCUUCCUUUCUUUGCACCCCACCCAAGUCAUCCCUCACUUCCGCUUUUUCACCGAUGUGUUGCCUUUCAGUCCAAACAGGAAUCCCAAAGUGACUUACAACUUUAAAAAAUGGCUUUAAAAUAAAUAUCUGCGCUCUUG